AUGCCUCAACAACAAGCGUACAUGUACGCUGUGCCUCAGCAGGCCGCCCCCAGACAAUACUCUACCCACGGCACCAGCAGCGCCUUUAGCUCUUCCGCUCUUCCUGACGAGGACUGGACCAAGAUUUCCGACCUGGCAGAGCGCCGCAGAAUCCAGAACCGUAUUGCUCAGCGCAACUACCGCAAGAAGCUCAAGCGUCGCCUGGAAGACCUGGAGCGCCGCGCUGGCUCGUCCGACGACGGUGAAACUGACAAAACCUCCGUCACCAGCCCCUCGAGCACCUCGAGCACCUCACACAAGGUCACCAAGCGCACCUCCACCAGCAAGUCGCCCAAGGCCACCAAGGCCACGACCGCCGCCAUCUCCAUCCCCAGCAAACCCGCCCACCAGUACUCGCCCUCGCUCGACGGCUCCGACGACUUUGUCUUUACCGGCUCCUUUGACGACCGCGAGCGGGGACCCUCGCCGCCCAUGUUCUCUUCCUACACUCCCUACCCCUCUGAUGACUUGCUUCUCCAACCAUACGGAGCUGCGCAGCCAUACCCGACCAUCAGCGCCGGCGAGCCCUACUCGACCGGCUACAUGACGUCGUCUCUCCCCGGCGUCAUGCCGGCCGCCACUCACUUCACCGAUCCCUUUAAGCGCGAAAGCUUCUCUGGUGACGACGGCCUCGGCAGCUAUUUCAAUUACUCGUUUGGCCCCUCGGCGCUGGACAUGAGCCACUACGGUGCUUCUCCCAACGCUCCCAACACGCCUCCUCUGUCACACUCGUAUGAGUCUGCGGCCUGCUCCGAGACUGGAUUCGAGUACCCGACCACGCCGCUGUCCAUGCCCGGUUCGCCCGCUAUGAUGGGUCAUCUCUCCCAGUAA